AGAUGAGAACCGAACCGAAUCGAUCCGGAUUUUACUGAACCGCGAGAAUAGAGCACUUCACAACAGCACUGUUGGUUUGUUCUCGAGAGAUGUGCGCACGGAACCGAUUUUUACGUGCAAUUUCAUCAUUCCAGUCGUCGAACCCGGUUCGGUGCUGACCCAGAGAAGACAACGGAAACAAACACCUAAGAAGAGGUCGAGAUUUAUUGGCUUGAGACGAAGAAACGUUCGAUACGAUUUGAACAUUGUUCGUGUUUAAUUGCUAUGUGGGCAGCAUGCCGUUGCUUUGUAGGAAAAAAAGGACUCUAGCUAGCUAGGUCAAUUAAUAGACUACCUUAGCAAGUCAACGAGAGAAAUAGACUAUAUCAGGGCCUCGAGUCGGAGGUAUCCCAGCCUCCGCUUGACACUGGGAGUCGGAGCUGGCGUCUCCAAGACCUCUACUGGGUACUGAGCGUUGGGAACAACCGGGGAUUUGGAUGAGGCCUUGCUUGGGAAUGUCGGGCUAGUCGAGAAGGACAAGAUUGGAGUCAAGAGGAGGAGAGCAGUCUCACAUUUAAACCAAAAAAAUCACAGGUUAAAACGCCAUCAACAGUUCAGACAUGAUGGAGGAACUGCACAGCUUGGAUCCUCGGAGGCAAGAGCUGCUGGAGGCGCGCUUCACUGGGGUCGGCGUCGCCAAGGGUUCUGGCCACAACGAAUCAUCCAAUCAGAGCCUGUGUAGUGUGGGCUCUCUGAGUGAUAAAGAGCUUGAGACACCUGAGAAGAAGUCUAAUGACCAGAGGACGCGCAAAAGGAAAGGAGAUCCCUUUGACAGCCAAAGUAAACAGAAUCAUCCUGGCAGUGCCAAAGGAGGAGGCAGAGGACACAAAAUCAGUGAUUAUUUUGAGUUUGCGGGAGGUAGUGGUGCAGGCACUAGUCCGGCGCGUGGUAUUCCACCUGUGGUGCGUUCUUCUCCCCAGCACUCGCUCUCCAACCCUCCUGCUGCAGUGCAGCAGGGAAGCCCCUCCUCUAUUGGUUCAGCAAACACAGACCACUCCCACUCCUCAUGUUCCCUCAAACCAGCCAUCACACACACACAGCACCGAGCAACACAGUCGGAGCUGACUCUGGAGAAGCUGGCUGCGUUGGAGAGCAGUAAAAGUUCUGACCUGGAGAAGAAAGAGGGCCGCAUAGAUGACCUCCUAAGGGUGAACUGCGACUUGCGUCGGCAGAUCGAUGAGCAGCAGCGAAUGCUGGAGCGCUGUAAGGAACGCCUCAACAAGUGUGUAACCAUGAGCAAGAAGCUGCUCAUCGAGAAGUCGAAGCAGGAGAAGAUGGCGUGUAGGGAUAAGAGUAUGCAGGACCGCCUGCGGUUGGGCCACUUCACUACAGUACGACAUGGUGCCUCCUUCACUGAACAGUGGACCGACGGCUACGCAUUUCAGAACUUAAUCAAGCAACAGGAGAGAGUGAACUCUCAGAGAGAGGACAUUGAGAGACAGAGGAAACUUUUGGCUAAGAAGAAACCGCCCAGUGCCUCCCAGACUCCACCACCCAGCCUGGAGCCCAACAAACGCAAGAACAAGAGUAAUGGUGCCGAGAACGAGAUGUUAUCACUAGCUGAAUAUCAUGAGCAAGAAGAGAUUUUCAAAUUGAGACUUGGACAUCUAAAGAAGGAAGAAGCUGAGAUUCAGGUCGAGUUGGAACGGUUGGAACGAGUGCGUAAUCUUCACAUCCGAGAACUCAAGAGAAUACAUAACGAAGAUAACUCCCAGUUUAAGGAUCACCCCACCCUGAAUGACCGAUACCUACUACUACACCUGCUGGGCAGAGGAGGCUUCAGUGAAGUCUACAAAGCGUUUGACUUGACAGAGCAGAGAUACGUGGCUGUAAAAAUCCAUCAACUCAAUAAAAACUGGCGCGACGAGAAGAAGGAGAAUUACCACAAGCAUGCCUGCCGAGAAUAUAGGAUACAUAAGGAACUGGACCACCCCAGAAUUGUCAAACUCUAUGACUAUUUCUCCCUGGACACUGAUUCGUUCUGCACAGUGCUGGAGUACUGUGAGGGCAAUGAUCUGGACUUCUACCUGAAGCAGCAUAAGCUGAUGUCUGAGAAAGAGGGCCGUUCAAUCAUAAUGCAGGUUGUCAAUGCCCUUAAAUACCUGAACGAGAUCCGUCCUCCAAUCAUCCACUACGACCUUAAACCAGGUAACAUCUUGCUGGUGAACGGUACAGCCUGUGGGGAGAUAAAGAUCACAGACUUUGGCUUGUCCAAGAUCAUGGACGAUGAUAACUAUGGCGUAGAUGGCAUGGAGCUCACCUCACAAGGAGCUGGAACCUAUUGGUACCUACCCCCAGAAUGCUUUGUGGUAGGGAAGGAGCCACCUAAGAUCUCCAACAAAGUAGAUGUAUGGUCAGUAGGUGUGAUCUUCUACCAGUGCCUCUAUGGGAAGAAGCCGUUUGGUCAUAACCAGUCCCAACAGGACAUCCUGCAGGAGAACACUAUCCUCAAAGCCACAGAGGUGCAGUUCCCUCCCAAACCUGGAGUUUCACCUGAGGCUAAGGCUUUCAUCCGCCGCUGUCUGGUCUACCGUAAGGAGGACCGCAUUGAUGUCCAUCAGCUGGCCAGUGAUCCCUUCCUACUCCCACACAUUCGCAAAUCAGUGGCCACCACGGGCAACUCCAGCACAGCGGUCGCCUCCACUUCCAGUUCCUCCAAUAGCAGCGCCUCAAACUGAGAGCCCCCACCCACCUAUGCCUGUCUGAUUGGAGCAGAGAGAGUGGGGCUCUGUAUAUGCCCCACCCAGCUCUGCAGUACCGUAGGCAGAGGACCUGCCUCUGCCUACCGAGAGAGAGGUGGCAAGGAAAAGCAAGCAGGAGGAAGGGCCAAGAGGGGUGGAGGGAGGGAGGCGGGGCUGGAGUUCAGUCUCCCCCUCUGCCCUUCUUCUCUCCUCGGUAUUUCAAGGCUUUCAACGUGGUGUGCGGAGUUUAAGAAGCAUACUUUGUAUGAGUGAGACAGUCAGUGAGAGGGACGGGAAAAAAUUCAUGAGGUUGUUUCAUGUUUUAAAAAAAAAAAAAAAA